CAUGGUGUGUGCGAUCCACAGAUCAAAACACGCACCGAUAUCAGCAGAAAAACACCGCACGCAAUGUCCAACUCGCAUCUGUUCCUCAAAUCCGGCUUCCCGCGGGCUCCGUUGGCAAACGGCAUCGGCCGGUACGUGUGCCAGCUGCAGCGCAUUACACUAAAGUACUGCAAAAACAACGGUUCCAGCAAAGGUAUGCGUGAAUUUCUCGAGAACGAUCUGGUCGAUUUCAGUCGCGCCAAUCCGGGCACCGUGGUGUACGUGAAACCCCGACGGCAUCGGACCGCCGUUAUGUCGGCGGAAUAUCUGAACGGAGAGAAGCAGUGGAUCAACUGUCGCAACAUGACACGGGAGGAAAUCGGCAAGUGGGUGGAGCUGCUUCGAACUCAGGCCGGAGCCGCGGGCGAGGUGCGAUUACGUAAACUGUGGCACACCGAUAUACCCUCGAUACAGGGAGCGUGGACGCCGUUCACCCAUCAGCAUCCGUCGGCCAAUACUGUGAAUCUCCCGAGUGAGGAAUUGUCCAGGUUGCAGGUGAAGGAUAAAACCGCCACCGAAAGGCUGUUGGAACUGUAUCGGGCCCAGAAGGCAAGUUCGGGAGAGAAAUCCGACUCGUGAAUUCGUUUUUGUUUAGCAUUAGAUUAGAAAUAAAAUAUAUACUGAAAAAAGACAAACUUUUAAUGUCCAAACAAAGAUUCUAAUUACAAGC